GAACUUCAUCGUGCAAAUUCUAUUGGAGGGAAAACCACAUGUUCAGACUCGGGGAGAGAAGACAUGAUGAGAUGACUUUAAUUUCUUCGGUUGGUUGAGAGAACUCAGUACCAGUAAAAAUGGCGUCAGUCAGAAAAGUACAUGGCAGAAAACGCUUGUCGGAAAGCGCGUGGAUGUCGGCGUGAUCGUAAACCAAUUAUCGCAAUCAUGAUCGGUGCGGCGCCUUGAUCCAUAGUAGCCGGAAGACGACCUCGGCAGUUGAACCAAUUGUAAAUGUACGGUACUCUGGAUGCCAUGCGUUUCGGCAUGCUCGCUUUUUCCGCGCAAGACCUGAUUGGAAACAUGAGGAACUGGACACUCUUGAGCACACUCGUCCCUUUGUCCGGUUCUGUUGUGCAGCACGCAGCCGCUUUGUUUGUCCGCGAAGAUUUAAUGUCGUUACGGGCAGAAGCUGACCGUUCACCUGACUCCUCCGGUGGUGCGGACGCCAAUCGUUUCUCGCUGUUCGGGGAAUUUGCGGUGGGAUCUGAUGAAGGUGAAGACGAUUUGAUCGCCGGAGGCUCGGUACCGGAAUUUCUCCUCCAAAUGGGAGCUGUUCUGCCUUCUAUGAACUCGACAUCGCCGUCUUCGGCUGUGGCAGAAGAGCCACCACAGACUUCGCUUCUGUCGAGAACCUCUCCACCAGUGGACGUCGACGCGGCACUUCAUCUGAGUUUCUCCCUUAACGGCAGUGGGGCGAACAGAGAGAAAACGCGUGACGACACCCACUCCGAAUAUCUCGCAGCCCUUCAUCGUGGUAGUGACUGGCGCGAACCGGUGGAAGUACCAGCGGCGCAGUGGAACUCCACGUUUUUCAUGGAAGUUGGGAGAGACAUUGAGGUUGAGAAGGUUAAAGUCGCUUCUUCCAAUGACGCAGUUGCUUUCGCCGAACUGUCCCUUUUGCAUCGGGACCACAAGCGUGGUGAUCUCAUUUUCACGUGUCGUCGAGCGGGCACUGCCGAGGUGAGGAGACUACAUUUUUGUUUUUCUAGAUUGCGCUUCUGCCUCUUCGCGAGUAGGUGUGGUGUUAGAGCUAGUGCGGUUAACAUUCGUGAUUCUGUUGCAUAAUUGGUUAGCUUUCGUCGUCUGGGUCUGCGAUCAUUUGGAAACUUUGGAAAAACAUGUUUUCAUUUUUGCCGACUCGUGGGUCGCGACGAGUCUUGCAGAUUGUUAAGAACCUCUUAGUAGCACACUGACUUAUCAGGUAACAGUGACGUUUGAUCUGAGUCGAGCGCGCAAGUCCACUAUUUCCGGCGAGGCGCUGCGGUCGAACAAGCACAAAGGAACGGUGGCAAUUGUGUACAAUAAACACUGUGCCGGGCUUCCGCUUGUAGGUCUGAGCUUGAGAGUCGACGAGCGACACCAAAACCAGAAGGGUCCUGUGCGCGAAAAGACUUCUGAGGGCAGGAGUGAGACCUCCCUGGUAUUCGACGGACGCGCCAAUGGUUUUGUUCGCGCGCAAGAAUUCAUCGAUGCUGUUCACAGUGUUGACGAUGUCGCGCCAGGAUUCCUGCAUAGCGAACCGGGUGAGUUGGACUCUUUCUCAACGGAUGGAGGUCGUGUGCUGAACUCUAAUAUAUUACCCUUGCAGCGCGGUCAAGAUGAAGACAAGCCAUCUGUGCCAGGUGCCACUUCUAGCACCGCACUCGAGCAGCAGCGCCUCUCGCUGCUCACUGCGGUAUCGCGAGCAAGGAUACGGGAGGAAAAGCUUACGAUCGCCAGUCGUUUCGGGGAGCAAAUGGGAGCUCUUUCCGAUAUGCCAGUUCUCGCAUUCGAAUCAUCGCUGUCAAUACCCGUGGCGAUGCGACGGCCUUCUGAUAUGGCGUUAUUGCCACUGAAGAUAGAAGUUGAGGGAAGUUUGUCUCCGACUUUAUCGCGCAUCUCGGGUUUUCUCGAGCAAGGUAACGAUAUUGUGGCAGCUGCGAAGAGCAAAACGCAGCAUGUGGUACUGGUAGACGAGGGUGACGAGCGGACUACAUCGUCAACACGACGAUCUUCGCUAGCUCUGCUCGAAGAAGCACUAGAAGUCACAUCUGAGGACGAGGCCGCUGCGGAGACCGUGGAGACGGUUCUACAAGCAGCAAAUCCACACGGCGGCGGCUUGGUGUCCCUCGAGACCGAAAUGCCUGACAAUUUGCGAGUGGAAGUGUUCCGGCGCGGGAUUGGGAGCAAGGAAGGCGCGCAGAAGCAACAACAAGAAGGCACCGGGGGAACACCUGGCGUUGUCGAGCGAAAUGCUCGCCAGCACACGUCGUCCACCGCGGAAAUCUUCUUAAAAUGCGAGAGAUACGGAGCCGGCGUUGUCACUCUUUCUUUAGUUCCUUUCCCGGCGUGGCAGCCUUGUGCUCCGGUUCGUGUGCAGCGAGCUGUUUUUUGCACGCGCAAGACACAAAUGCCUACGUAUGCCUUAUCCCAGGUCGUGACGCUGAUGGAUACAACUUCUGGCGCGACGCCUUCAUCUGCCGCGGAGGAUGAAUCAUCAAACAAGAGCCCACACGCGUUCGGAACAACGAGUGUCUCAACAUCGGCCUGGUGGCGCAAAAAGAAACGGCAGAACGUGUCUCCAACACGCGAGGUUGUUCUCCUACAGGGCGACGAGGAAAUUGCGCAGCCUUUUGACGCGGACUGGAAUGAAAAGUCGUCGAUCUUUCGUAUCUCUGAUGCAGAUGCGGCUGAUCGCUACGCGGUGACGUGUGCGCUCGCGUCAGCGGAUGAAGCAGUGAAUCGUGCGAGGAGACGGAUGCGUCCGUCGCCUUCUAAGCAAACAAGUGCGAAAAAUCUUCUAGAAGUAACCACUUCAAUAGAAAGGGGGGCAAAUCGAGGAGCCAACAGUGAGACGCCGACGACUGGGGAGGAAGGUGUGGCCUGAUUCAAGCAUAGGAAGAUGUAGAUGAGUGAUGUUCUUCGCUAGCAGUAGAACACUGUCAAAUCAUGUCUGCUAUCUCCACUACAAUUUCACGACUGCAUUCAGUAUAUCUGAACAUGAUAGAAGGGUUUUGCAGCAGUCGAAUAAAAAGAUUUCAUUUUGAUUAUUUAAUAGUAAUCAUUUGUUUCUUGCAUCAACAACUAUCACAGGUAAUGGUCAACAACAACAGCAGCAAGGCGGCUCUGCGUCCCAGCAUGCAGAUGGCGUAUCGCUGUCGACCCUUCGUGUUGAGUACAACUGCGAGAGGUCGGGUCUAUACGAGUGCCGGAUGGACGUGCAUUGGGGUGCAGUGAAGGAUGACUAUCGCGGUCGCGGACUUGUGUGGAGGAAGCAGUGUGGAGGCGAUCGCGGAGUUGUCGUGAUUAGCCGUGAUGCGACGAUGCUAGGCGCACUUCCAUUACAGAUGAGCAGAGACGGUCAUAACCACGGUCCUCGUCAUGUGCUUCUUACGCUUCCAGCGGAUGCAGAGACUGCCACUUUUAUCGUGCAUGCAGACCGGGAGAUGGUUGCUUUAACGAAGCCGCCAAGAGUUCAUGUCGUCACCGAUGGGGAAAAGGGAGAAGAACGAGCGGAAAGCACUAAGAAUGCAAAUGCAGGAGGCGGUGGUCCUCUCUCGUCUGUGCGUUUGAUUCGCGGACACGAGCUUCGUUCGAUCGGCAAGGAUGCUGUGCUGACAGCAGCGUUUGAGUGCAUGACUUCCAAUCUUGGUGAUAGUGCUGCUUCGACGUCAUCGUCAUCCAGUCAACUGGUUGAAUUCGCGUUACCAGUGAGGAAUCCAUUGCCGCUGGACGGAGAUGCGCUUACUUUCGUGGUGCGGAAGGAAUGCCCUCCUGUGGCGGCAAGCGGGACUGCACCAGUGGCUUUGCUGAAUACAGCAAUCAAGCAGGUGACAGGACUCGUGGCAUCAUCGUCGGGUGCCUUGACGGGGGAUGCAAGUAGUUUACCUACUACAACCGGAGUGUUCGUACCCGCUUCAGAGCAGCAGUGGGUGCGGUCGUCUGCAGUAUGCUGCGUCGUUUUUGCAAUCGUGGCAUUCUGGACGUGCACACGGUGCAGAGCGAAAGUCACGUAG